GAAUGGCCCUCAGUGGGGCCCGUCCCGGAGCCGAGGGACGCUCUAGGCUGCCGGUGCGGUUCGUCAGCGCCAGGGCUGGGCUGAGGCGCCGUGGUACCAUGAGGCACCGAUAUUUGAGAGAUUAUGGCAUCUGAAACCCACAAUGUUAAAAAACGGAACUUUUGUAAUAAUAUUGAGGAUCAUUCCAUUGAUCUUCCUAGAAAAAAGAUCUCUAAUUUCACUAAUAAGAACAUGAAGGAGGUUAAGAAACCUCCAAAAAAGUUGGCUGCUUACAUAAAUAGAACAGUUGGACAAGCUGUGAAAAGCCCAGAUAAACUACGUAAGGUGAUCUGUCGCAGAAAGAAAGUUCAUCAUCCCUUUCCAAAUCCUUGUUACAGAAAAAAACAGUCCCCUAAAAGUGGGGGCUGUGACAUGGCAAAUAAGGAAAAUGAACUGGCUUGUGCAGGCCACCUGACUGAAAAAUUACGCCAUGACAGUCGAACAUAUUUGGUUAAUUCCAGUGAUUCCACUUCUUCACAAACAGAAAGCCCAUCAUCAAAAUAUAGUGGGUUUUUUUCCGAGGUGAGUCAUUUCUCUAAGUCAUUUCUAGCUUAA